AUGAAUAUCCAAUAUGUUCCAGGAGAUCCAAAGCCUCAAGACACCAAAUCUCUGUCCGAAACAUUUGCAGCCGUUGAAAAGGGUGAUGUCAGCUACCGCAAUCGAGCUGGAAAGGUCAUCGACAUUACCACCGUGCAGCCAGGAGCUGAUACAGCUUAUGAGUUGAAGGUUGUUCUCCUUAAUCAAGCUAUGCUUGAUCUAGGAAUGGGCAAAUAUCAAUGGAGGCUUUUCGUUCUUACUGGAUUUGGUUGGUUUGUUGAUAAUUUUUGGCUCCAGGCAGUUACUCUCAUCAGUCCGCUAGUCAAGAGAGAAUUCGUUGUCAAACGGAUUGCGUUUCUCACAGUUGGGAAGUACGCAGGCUUGGUGGUUGGCUCAACACUCUGGCCGAUUAGUGCGGAUUUUAUUGGAAGGAAGCUUGCUUUCAAUUCCACUUUGAUUCUUUCGUCAGUGGCAGGCUUAGUGGGUGGUGGGAUGCCGAAUUUUGCGGCUCUCACUACUAUAUGCGCAUUUAUCGGUCUUGCUACUGGGGGAAACCAGCCAGUCGACAGCGCCAUCUUCUUGGAAUUCAUUCCCGCAACACAUUCAUAUCUGCUCACCAUGCAAUCGGCAUUUUGGUCAAUUGGUCAGUCUGUGGCAGUUCUAGUUGGUUGGCCACUGGUUGCCAAUUUUUCAUGUCCUGCUACAACGAAAACCGGAGAAUGUUUUUACGAAGACAAUAUGGGAUGGCGUUACUGCUUUUGGACUUUUGGAGGACUCACCCUUGUCAUGAGUCUUCUACGAUUCAUGUUUCGGAUGCAUGAGACCCCAAAAUACCUUCUCGGCAAGCGGCAGGACGCGAAAGUGGUCAAGGUAAUCGAACAGAUCGCAGCGUACAAUGGGAAGACAACAUGGCUCACCCUAGAACACUUUCAAGAGCUUGAUGCCCAACUCGAAGCAUCUGGACACUCGAUUGCCCAGGAAACCGCUGAUCAAGCAAUCAUGAGAAGAAAGCUGGAAGUUCUAAAGCCUGCCAAACUCAAGGGACUCUUCAGCACCCCGAAGAUGGCAUAUUCUACAACACUCAUGAUACUACUCUGGUGCAUGAUUGGCAUGGCAUACCCUCUCUAUAACUCUUUUAUUCCAAUAUAUCUGGAAAACAAAGGACUAAAGUCAGGAUCCAGUUCAAUCGACAGAACAUACCGGGACUACGCCAUCCAGGCCGUUUGUGGUAUUCCAGCAUCUAUUAUCGGUGGCUUCACUAUUGAUAUGCGUUACAUGGGUCGAAAAGGAACAGGAACCAUUGCUUGCAUCUGUACUGGGGUCUUCUUGUUUCUGUAUACUCGAGCAACAAGCCAGUCAGCCGUCCUUGGAUUUUCGUGUGCCGUUUCAUUUUUUCAAAACCUCGUCUACGGCCUUCUGUACUCAUACACGCCGGAACUUUUCCCAGCGCCAAUCAGAGGAACUGGUAACGGAUUGGUAGCCCUAUUCAAUAGGCUUUCAGGUUUGAUGGCACCUAUCAUUGCGGCUUAUGUCGGAGUUGACACAGAUUCGCCGAUUUGGAUAUCGGCGGCCUUAUUUAUUGUAGCUGGUUUUGUUUUCAUGCUGUUGCCAUACGAAACGAGAGGCCGGGCAGCUUCUUGA